CCCUAUUCUAGGUGUUCGAAGAAUUGUCAGCCUGGACAAGCCAAGAUGACUCAGGAAGGGAAGCCAUUUUGCUGCUAUGACUGUGUCCCAUGCCCGGAAGGAACCGCCUCCACAAAGGAAGAUGCAGACCAUUGUGACAAAUGUCCGGAGGAUCAGCAUCCAAACAGUGGCCGAGAUAAAUGCGUGUUGAAGGCUAUAAUUGUGCUUUCCUACGAAGAAUCUCUGGGGGUUAUCCUAACUGUCAUUCCUCUCUUCUUUUUUCUACUCACUGGUGCUAUUUUAGGGCUCUUCAUUAAAUUCCAAGAUACUCCAGUAGUCAAAGCCAACAACCGGGACCUCACCUACAUUCUCCUGGUUUCUCUCUUGCUUUCCUUCCUCUCCUCCUUUCUGUUUAUUGGCCAGCCAACAAAGCUGACAUGUCUCCUUCAACAAGCCACCUUCAGCACCAUCUUCUCAGUCUCUGUCUCUUCUGUCUUGGCCAAAACCAUCACUGUGGUAGUGGCCUUCAUGGCAACAAAGCCAGGGAACAGGAUGAAUAAAUGGCUGGGCAAGAGUUUGGCCAACUCCAUCAUCAUCUCCUGUUCCAGUGUCCAAGUUGGACUCUGCAUUAUCUGGUUGGCAACCUCUCCCCCCUUCCCAGAGACCGACAUGCACUCCCAGGCUGGGCAGAUCACGCUGCAAUGCAACGAAGGGUCUGUGGCCAUGUUUUAUGGUGCCCUGGGCUACAUGGGGUCUGUGGCCAUGUUUUAUGGUGCCCUGGGCUACAUGGGCUUCCUGGCUGCCGUCUCUUUCACGGUGGCUUUUCUGGCCAGGAAGUUGCCAGGGGCCUUCAACGAGGCCAAGCUGAUCACCUUCAGCAUGCUGGUGUUCUGCAGCGUGUGGGUGUCGUUUGUGCCCAUCUACCUGAGCACAAAGGGGAAAUACAUGGUAGCCGUGCAGGUCUUCUCCAUGCUGGCCUCCAGUGCUGGACUGCUGGGUUGCAUCUUUAUUCCCAAAUGCUACAUUAUUAUAGUGAGGCCUGAUCUGAAUACCAAGCAGCAUUUAAUGACAAAACUGAAUAGAUAA